AUGGCAUACACAACCGCGUGGAAGAGGCUUUCGCACACCCAGCUAAACAUUGCCAUCCAGGCCUUCUCCCUGAUUGCCAUCUUUUUCGAGGGCUAUGACCAGGGUGUCAUGGGCGGCGUCAAUGCUUCUCCAAACUAUGUCACAGAAGUCGACAUUGGUAUCGCGGAUGGUACGGUCACAAACACCACCAAACAGGGCGGCAUCGUCAGUGUCUACUACCUCGGAUGCAUUGUCGGUUGCUUCCUUGGCGGUUGGGCAGCCGAUCGCAUCGGCCGCAUCAACGGACUUUUCUUCUCCGCCAUCUUUGCCUGCAUCGGUGGCGCUCUCCAAGCUGCUACACAGAGCGCCGACUUUAUCAUCAUUGCCCGUGUAGUCACCGGACUUGGUACGGGAGCUCUUACCGGCAUCACCCCGGUCUUCAUCUCGGAAGUCUCCACAGCUCAACACCGCGGUGCUUUCCUCGGCUACGUCUUUAUCGCAAACUACCUUGGCAUCUCUGUCGCCUACUGGCUCGACUUUGGCCUCAGCUUUGUCGACGGAGGUUACUCUGCCGUACGCUGGCGAUUCCUGCUCGCCUUUCAGUGCUUACCUGCGCUUUUACUUCUGGUCGGUAUCAAGAUGCUACCGGACUCGCCCCGCUACCUUGCUUCGGUUGGAAAGACGCAAGAGGCCCGCGAGGUUCUCCAACAUAUCCGCGGCAGCAACGAUGCCCAUGUGGAGCAAGAAUUCGAUGAGAUUGCGGCCAUGGCUCAACACACCAAACCCAGCUCGCCUAUCGAAUUUGUCAAGAUCAUCCUCGGCAUGGACAAGAGUCACGGUGCCAACCUCGGUCGGAGGGCUUGGCUCUGCAUCUGGCUCCAAAUCAUGGCUUCCUGGUCCGGAAUCACUGCCGUCACGGCCUACUCGCCCGUGCUGCUUCGUCAAGCCGGAUACAGCGCCAUCAAGCAGAACGGCCUUGCCGGAGGACUCAACACGAUCGGCAUCAUCGGCACCAUCAUCUCGGCACAGAUCGUCGACAAGUACGGGCGACGCGCUUGCCUCAUGGCCGGAGCCGCAGGUCUCGCCAUCGUCAACCUUAUUGCCGCUUCGCUGUACGAGGCCUCGCGCCACAACACAUCGCUCGCCGACCAGAUUGCACCCGCGGCGGUGACGAUGCUCUUCCUCUUCAACCUGAUUUACGCCGCCACAUGGGGCACCGUUGCCUUCCUGAUCCCCACCGAGAUCUUCCCGAGCAAGAUGAGGGCGCAAGGAAACGGCUUUGGCAUCACUGGCUGGGCCAUUGGCGUGGGAAUGACGGUUCUCGUCAACCCUAUCAUGUUCGGCAGCAUCGAGAGCCGCACCUACUUCCUCUUUGCCGGUCUCAACUUUGUCUGGAUCUGGAUCGUCUAUUUCCUCUAUCCAGAGACUUCCAAUCGCUCGCUUGAAUCCAUCGAGGCCAUGUUCAGCACACCGUCGCCCUUCUACUGGAACAUGGAGAAGGCGUACGCCGACAACAAGCAGACCCUCUUUGUCGAUCAGGUCAAUCACGCAAGAUGGACCGCGCGCGCCGAGGACGACGCCGCCUCUUCGCAGGAAAAGUCGAUGGCUUGA